GCGAAGGCCACAGCUCCCUCAAAGCGGAGGCCGCGUCGUCGGCGCAAAAUGGCCGCCGAGGGCAGGAGGUGGCGCUCUAGCGCGGUGCCUCUAUGGCACGGCUGGAGCGGAGCGUCGCUGAGUCCGGGCCUGGAGGCGAAGCGGGCAAAGGGGGCGAGGAGGGGCAAGGCGGCCUCGGCAGGGGAACUGGUGCCGCUUCGGCCAGCUCUGGGGCUCCUCCUAGCUGCCUUCUCCUAGCUGCCACUUCCUUCUCUUUCCUUUUCCCGUCAUUUAUACAUUUUGUCUCAACCUUUACUGAGAGGGCCUCAUCCUGUACAUACACAGGCCUUUCCCUCCGACUUCUCUGAGGAAAUCCCUCUCGUCUUCAGCGCCCCUCUCUUCCCUGUCUGCUCACCUUCUAGCCAUUUCUCCUCCGUCCUGCACAUUCAAAUGUACAGAUUUCUCAGAGGAAAUCCUCACCAUCCUCAAUUCUCUUCCCUUUCAUCUCUACUCCAUUCCUCUUGCCCCGUUCCUUCCUCUGCAGAAGGGAACACAAGCAAGUCCUUUCCCAGUGUUGGUCUUACUCCGCUCCUUUCUACCCUGCCUCCCUGCUAAAGGUGCUGGUUCUUGCCUCACCUGAAGGCCCCUCUCUGGCACUUUCCCUGCCUCUUCCCUCUGCUGAGUCUAUCUCCCCUUCCCUUGUAUGUGAACACAGGUUUCAUUGCUUUGGUUGUUUGUUUCCCCUUCCCACUCUUUGCUGCAGGUCUCAUUUCGGUGCAAUUUCUUCCUCUUGGUUUAGGCUUGACAGCAAUAUUGAGAAAUAAGUUUCUCCUUUCCUCUCCUAUCAGCCUUUACACCAAGCUUUUUUGCUCUUUCCUUUUUUUUCCACUUUUGGCUUCGUGUUUGCUUUUCCCAGAGGCAGCAUGUGAAGGGCUAAUUAAUUCCAAGAUGACUUUUAAUGCAUUCGCUUCACCACCUGAUGUUUAAAUAGUGUUUCUUGUUUGUUGCUGUGAACUGGGUUGGGCGAGAGAACAGUAUUUUGGCAAGCUUCUCUGCUCCCAGUUUCCACCUCUGAAGGGGUGGUAGUACUCUUAGGAGAGGCUAAAGAGGAGGAUGCCAAGGAAAUUGCUGUUACCUUAUAGAUCUGUCUUUUCUCACUCUCGAGUCCCAAGGGGUUUGCAUGAUUCCUUGGCAAUGAAUGCGGCCAGAAGUGGCUACCGGGUCUUCUCGGCAAACUCCACAGCAGCCUGCACGGAGCUGGCAAAGAGGAUCACAGAGCGUCUUGGUGCUGAACUUGGAAAAUCUGUGGUAUAUCAAGAAACUAAUGGAGAAACAAGAGUUGAAAUAAAAGAAUCAGUUCGAGGCCAAGAUGUUUUCAUCAUUCAGACAAUUCCCAGAGAUGUGAACACUGCCGUGAUGGAACUGUUGAUUAUGGCGUAUGCACUGAAGACAUCCUGUGCCAGAAAUAUCAUUGGGGUAAUUCCUUACUUCCCCUACAGCAAACAAAGCAAAAUGAGGAAGAGAGGCUCAAUUGUAUGCAAACUCCUUGCUUCCAUGUUGGCCAAAGCAGGUUUAAGCCACAUCAUCACUAUGGAUCUUCACCAGAAAGAAAUUCAGGGUUUUUUUAGUUUUCCUGUUGACAAUUUGAGGGCAUCACCUUUCUUGCUACAGUAUAUACAAGAAGAGAUUCCCGAUUACAGAAAUGCAGUAAUUGUAGCUAAGAGUCCUGAUGCUGCUAAAAGGGCCCAGUCUUAUGCUGAGCGGCUGCGGCUGGGACUGGCAGUCAUCCACGGGGAGGCGCAGUGCACGGAGCAAGACAUGGAUGAUGGCCGACACUCACCUCCAACAGUAAAAAACACAACAUUGCACACUGGUCUGGAGCUGCCCUUGAUGAUGGCCAAAGAGAAACCACCAAUAACAGUAGUAGGAGAUGUUGGAGGUAGAAUUGCCAUCAUUGUGGAUGACAUAAUAGAUGAUGUGGAAAGCUUUGUGGCAGCUGCAGAAAUCCUGAAAGAGCGUGGUGCUUACAAGAUCUUCAUCAUGGCCACUCAUGGGCUCUUAUCUGCAGAUGCCCCACGUUUGAUUGAAGAGUCGUCCAUUGAUGAGGUGGUGGUAACCAAUACAGUUCCCCAUGAAGUCCAGAAACUGCAGUGUCCUAAGAUAAAGACUGUGGAUAUCAGUUUGAUUCUCUCCGAAGCUAUCCGUCGAAUCCACAAUGGGGAGUCCAUGGCUUACCUUUUCCGCAAUAUUACCAUGGAUGAUUAGUUAAUUUUUGUCAUUAUGCCAUCUGGUUUCCUCAAAUCGAAGAGAAAAAAGGAAAUGUGCAUGAAGAAGCAGUGCCAUAGCAUAUUAUUAUUUGGGGGGGCCAAUUUUAUUAUGGAUCUGAAUGUUUAGGGAAUGAUACUGUGAAAUCUGAGUAUCCAAAUUUCUCUGAUCCAGCUACCCAGAGAGGUUGUUGGAUCAAGAUGCAAAUAGGUAUUAGAGUCAGUUUUAAAUUUGUCUGAAUGAUGAAAAUGGUGACCUUUUGAUCUUGUUAAACAAGCUGGUGUGUUUCAACAGAGUAACUUUCAUGGGGAUGAACUGAAAGGCUUACUGGGAUUUUGAAGGUGAAAUAAAUAGUUUGGGUAUGUAGGUUCUCAUGCUGUUUUGGAAGAAAGUGUGUCCUUUUCCUACACUUCUGUCAUGUGCAAUGCCCUUCUGUAAUCUUGGGAGAGAUUUGCAAUCUCAUAGAUGUUCAAAGAUUUCUUUCUUCUAUGAUUUCACCUACAUUUAGAUUAAUUUGAUGGCAGCCUUGUUAAUUUUGACAGGAAUAGUUUGGUGUGAAAUGGUUCCAAAGUUGUAGCAGAAACUAGAAUAAAGCUAUCUUUCCAUUUAUAGACCCCUACAUUCCAGUCCUGCCCAGUUAUAGAACUUCUAAGACUCUUGCUACACAUUGUGAGGGAAAUUUAAAUAAGGUUAGUUUGUUGAGAUUUGCCUAUGGUGGCACUUUCUGUUCACCCAUGACCCAAAAUCAAGGUAUGCAAUCCUGACAAUCUGAACAAAUCCAUGGAGUACUUUCCUGUGUCUUCCACAUCUGUACUACCUGUUGCAGAAUAGUUAACCUAGCAAAAUGGUCCUUUGUGGAUCUUUGUGUCAGCAACACAUUAUAUCUCUUUGAUCAGUGACAAUUAAAGUGGGGCUUUUGCUUGCUUGCCAGCCAUUGUAGUAUCUCUUAAUAAUUAUAUGAAGAUGGCACGCACAACUUUGUAUGGGAAGGUCCAUGUUAUGCCAUCUUGGAAGUAAAGCAGCCUAACCUUUAUGCUAGGAUUGUUUUAGUAUUUGCUUUUAGGAUACUGUUAUUCUACUCUCAGAAUUCCUACAGUGUUCCACCACUUCCCCACUAUGUUUGCAGAAAUUGCCCAUUACUCUUCAUAGACCUUGUUGUCUAGUCAGUGCCUCUUGCUCCUAUAUAUGGAUAAAUAAGAUAAAGACAUAUGAGAGCAAUGGUGUCACAUAUUUCCCCCAAAUGAUGAUAGAGCUCACAUUCUAAAAUGUGAGGGUAUUUUUAAAUGGUGACCAUAUAACAGUUUAGCCUAAUGUUUACCUCAACUACAGUUUUGUUCAAAAUAAUUUAAAAUGCCAUUUUUUGGGAAGAUGUGCCUACUGACACCUUAAAGCUGCCAUUGUACAAUGUCCAUCGGUAAUGAGGUUGAGUAAAUUAAGCCUGCAGAAGCACCUGUUCCUGCUUGCCUCCCUCACUAGGGGCAACUAUUUGGAAAGUCAGAGCUACCAUUGAGAGAGAAACAAAGAAAGCAAAAAUUAAUGCUGGAUUAAUAGCUUCCUCAAAGGGAGUCUCUGCAACACAGUCCAGUCCAAUUUUGAUCAAAAUUCACUUGGGCACAGUUUCUUCCUCAAUAUUCUGUGUCCAGACUCCUUUCUCUUUUUAACAAAUUGAUUGACAGAAGCAUUAUAUCAGGGCAGCUCCCCCAACCCCCUCAAUUUUGGUGGUGAAAUGAAAGAAGAAAAACUAUACUUAGUGAAAUUUUGCUUUUUACUCCUUUCCCGGAGCAUAUGCCUUCUUAGAGCUCUUCAGGUCUCUUAUUUGAAUUAUUUUUCCAUGUUCUGCUUCUUGGCCUUUUCAGCAAUAAAAUUUCUUUUGUUUUUCAA